CUUUUUACAUUCUCACUCUCACCCUCAGUCUCAUCUCUCAUUCGCAUCUCCUCAUCACAGACAUUGCGCUCGCGAGAGCAAUUGUGCUCAUCAGUACAAGUAGUAAUCAGCCGUAAUACGCUCGGCUGCGGCUGGAAAUCGUUCCUCGGCUUUCCCCGCUUUUCCUUGCUCCACCCAGGGAUUUCCCUCGAGGCAGCAGCCAACCACCACUCUCUCUCUCUCUCUCUCUCCAUCCAUCCCAUCGCUGGGACUCGACAAUGGACGUCGUCCUCCCCCAUCACCAACCUCAACCUCAGCUCCUCGCACGCCAACGGCCACUCCCAUCUCCCAGCUCCUCAACCGCCUCCCACCACAUCACAAAGGCAGACCUCGACUUUUUGUCCCUCAUCUCCUCCGACUCUCCACCCGGUAACUCCUCCCCGGCAUCCACUGCCGCCGCCGGCAACGGCACCAGGAAACCCUCCUCUCGUGACCACGCCCUCGACGCUCUUCUCCUCCAGGCAGUCAUCGCAGGCAGCGCAGCAGACCUCACGCGCCACCACGUCGCCCACGGUGCUAUCAUGAAUACUGGCGCUUACACAUCCUGCGACCAGAGCCGCCCCUCCACCCCCAAUGCUCGGCCCGGCACUAACCGGCUGCCUGCCACCAGCGCCGCUCCUACUUCUCCAGUCGCGUCUCGCCAAGCACCCCGCUCGCUCCGUCUGCAAGCCGAGGCUGUCCAGCGUGCCCAGCUCGCUGCUGCGGCUGCCCCCGCCCCAGUUUCCAUGAAGAACAGGACACGGCGGAUGUCGACAGACCCCGCCCCCAUUGCCCACUUGUUGCAGCAGGCAUCACCUGCCCAUGUCAACUUUUACCACGGACGCAACUUGCCUCAAAGCAAGCCGCAGGGCCGGGCGAGCGUGCGCUGCAUGGCGCGGACUCGUGUGCCGACGCCGCACGGCGACGUUUUUCUCCAUCUCUACCACAACAGCCACGACGGGAAGGAGCACCUCGCGAUCGUGACGGAUCCCGUGCAGCUCGACCCCGCUGCGCGGCGGGCGGCGCCCAAGGGCCGCCGCGAGAUCCGAUCGCGCAGCCUCGACGCAUGCUGGCGCGACGGCGAAACGGACAUGGAGCGCGUCGUGCGCGGCGCCUACGUCGGCCGCCUCCUGCCCGGAUCAGAGGGGCAGGCAUCGGUGCCAAAGAGCCAGGCAGAGUACGCGGCGGAAGAUGCGGGCGAGUACGACGACGAGUGCGAGGCCGACUGCCUCCCGCUCGUGCGCAUCCACUCGGAGUGCUUUACGGGCGAGACCAUCGGGAGCAUGCGCUGCGACUGCGGCGAGCAGUUGGACGAAGCGAUGCGCCGCAUCGCCGAGCCCCAGCCCGUCGGCAAGUCCGACUACCUUCCCACACCGGAGGCAUCGCGCGCGCCCUCGCCAGGGCAGGCGAACGGGUCCUGCCCCGUCGUCCCCGGCCGCGGCGUCGUCAUCUACAUGCGGCAGGAAGGCCGCGGGAUCGGGCUCCUCGAAAAGAUCCGCGCAUACAACCUCCAAGACCUCGGCCACGACACAGUCACCGCCAACCUCAUGCUGGGGCACGGCGCCGACGAGCGCACGUACUCUGUCGCGGCGGAGAUUUUGCGCGACCUCGGGCUGGCGGGCGACGAAGCGCUCGGCCGUGGCGGCGUCCGCCUCCUCACCAACAACCCCGAGAAGGUCGAGGGCCUCGCGUCCGAGGGCAUCCGGAUUGCCGAGCGCGUCGGCAUGGUCCCCCGCGACUGGCAGUGCCAGGGGCACGCGGCUGAGGCGCUCGCGGCGCACGCGCCACAGUUGGACGACGAGGAGAGCGAGUACGGCGAGUGGCGCGCGCGGCGCGCCGGCGUCGGACUGUUGGGCGCGACGACGACGCGGGGGCCAGAACUCGAAAAGUAUCUUCGUACAAAGAUCGAGCGGAUGGGGCAUAUGAUUGACAUUCCCGAGUAGGAGGGCAUCUUGGAUCUUGUAUACGUAUGCAGCGGUGGCCAGUGA